AUGCUUGGUAUGUGUAAUAAUUUCGCUUAUGUGAUUAUGCUCAGUGCAGCGGAAGAUAUAUUAUCGGUUGUUGAAGAUUCAAAAGCACCCACCAAAAAAACCGAUGAUCCUUGUCAGCAUUCGGUAGUACGUCGUCACUGUUUUCCAAUAUCAACAGGUUCCGUGCUUCUGGCAAAUAUCAUCCCCAGUCUGAUUGUGAAGAUUUUUUAUCCAUUUGUAAUGUAUCGAGUUCCAUUCGGGUGA